CGGAACGUCGUCCCGAGGAGGCAGCGAGUUCGACUCGUGCCGGGCUACGAACCGCACACGGUUCGUCGAUCGUUCACCUCGCGAGGGUGAAGGGGUGUUUUCGCAGAGGAGAGGCAGCGACGUGGCGCGACGCGACGCGACGCGACGCGACGCGGGAGCGCGGCAAAUUUCGUCGCUCCCGGCUCUCUCUUUCUCCGCCCGUCGACGGCGAUAUCGCGCGUAUCUAACGCGCUACAACCGCGUUGCAAAUUCGCGAGACGCGUAAGGAAUAAACAUACGAUUUGUCUCUCGUCGCGAGUGCGUGGAGAGCGAGUAGUCGCGCGCGCGGUGUGGCACCGGGAGCGGAACGGGCGAGUUUUAGGGGAUCGUUUCUUCGUCGACGACGGCGAAGAAUGAUACGAGUGGGGAAGGAGCGUUGAGGACUCUAUCUUCGGAGGAAACGAUAUAUAAGUCGCGCUGGGGUUGAAACCGCUCUUUCUCUCUUUCUCUCUCACUCUGUGAUUUAUAAGCUGCGAUCGUAAAAUCCGCUCGCGAGAAGAAGAAAGGAAGGAAGGUGUACCGUGUGUAGGUGUGCCGUGUGUGUACGUGUGUUCUACGGUAUGACCAGUCACGAGUGAAGUCCCCGUUACCCCGGACAUCCAUUCUCGCGGAAUCACACGAACACGUGCGAUUCCGGAAAGAUGAUACGCGACUACCUGAUACUGCUCUCAUGGCUCUGCGCGGUGCAAGGGAAAAUAGGAUAUUUCUGGCAUAUCACCGAUAUUCACUACGAUCCAAAAUAUGCCGCGCAAGGAAACGGCGCCCCUAUGUGCUGGAACACGAGAAACAUCCUCGAUGGCGGACGUAUGAGGCUCGACAGAAAACUGGCGGGCAAGUUCGGCGACUACAGCUGCGAUUCGCCCUGGGCCCUGAUCGAAUCGGCGGCGCGGGCGAUGAGAUCGAAGCACGGCGAUAUCGAGUUCGUCCUGUGGACGGGUGAUGCGCUGACGCGCAAUACCGCCAUGAACGCCGAGCUGCGUCUGCACUGUUUGCGGAAUUUGACCGAGCUGUUGCACCGCACGUUCAAAGGACACUUCGUGUUCCCCGCGCUCGGUCACGAAGACAUAGGCCUGAAUUACACGCAGCUCGCUUCCGUCUGGCAGAACUGGCUACCGCCAGAAGCGGUGGACACUUUUGUAAAGGCCGGCUACUAUACGAUCGAGCAGCGCUCGAAAAAAUAUCGGAUCGUCUUCCUUAAUACGAAUUUGUGGCUGAACCCGCUCGACAACCGCAUGCUGCAUCGCGUCGGGAGCAGCACGGUCGAUAACACGCAGGAUCCCUUCGGCCAAUGGUCCUGGUUCCAGUCGGUCCUCGAGAAUGCGCGGAAGAAGAAGGAGACGGUGUACAUAGUCGGCCACACACCGCCGGGGGUGGAUGACCACGAAAGCGGCGCCGCGGCGCUCAACGAGAUGCACAACACGAAGUAUCUGCAGGUAGUGCGGCUCUACUCGGACAUCAUCCGGGGACAGUUCUUUGGCCACUGGCAUUCGGAUACAUUCCGCGUGAUAUACAGCGACACAGGUAUGCCCGUAUCGUGGAUAAUGAUGGCUCCCAGCGUAACGCCGAGCACCGUCGGAGGGCCCAACAACCCGGGCUUGCGACUUUACAAGUUCGAAACUAACACCGGACAGAUUCUGGAUUACACGCAGUACUAUCUUAAUCUGCCCCAAGCGAAUUCAAUCGGCAAAGCGAACUGGGAUGUCGAGUACUCGCUGCUCGACUAUUAUGAGCUGCAGGAGAUAUCGGCGAUCACUCUUCACGAUCUCGCGGACCGGUUUACGCAGUCGAACGAUUAUGCCUUCGUCAGGUAUUACGCGGCCAACACGGUCUCGCUGCCGCGCGAGGUGGAGCAAAUCUGGGGCUGCGGCGGUCCUCUCAACGGAGUCUGUGCGCUGCAUCAUUACUGCACUGUGACGAGGCUAAAUCCCGAGUCCUACAGGGAGUGCUACUCGUCCUACGCUUACGCCCUGGCGUCCACGGGACACUCCACCGUACGUCUCUACUUUGCGUUGCAUCUGCUAGUCCUGCUGAUUUCCUGUGCUGAGGUUCUGAAAGACCGGUAGGAUGAGCAAGACGAGAGGACUCCCGAUAGCGCGGGCCACGGUCCCGCCUCCGGUCGGCCCUCCACGACGACGACGGUCCGCGUCUCUUCUCUGGCAGAAUCCGAUCGGGACACACCAUCGAUCGGCCACGGAUCGGAUCGGUCUAGGAGCGGUCCACGAGUUUAAGGCGAACGCGUCUAGCGAUACGGCGUUACGCUGCCCGGUGUGUCAUCUACUUUGUCUAUGUCUCUGUCGUGUCUCCGUCUUCUCCUUGUCGCGCCACCGAAAUUGUUCAGGCGCGCUCUCGUUCCGUCGUGUUUGGUGUUGCGUUUGUGUACGCGUUUUCAGGUGAGGCUGUUAAAAAAAAAAAAAUCCAAACUCCGGAUUGGAUGUUCGACAGAUAUCCAGAAUGCUCGGACUGAAUGCCGCCGCGCACAAUUUAGCUUUGAAAUUGAGACAUCCGAAUAACUCGGGUACGAUUUUUCGAAUAAUUAUUCAGUAAUUUGGACAAUUCGGAUAAGUCGGAUAAUUUGAGUACUUUGAAUAAUUCGUCUAUUGAAAAAAAUAAUUUAAUGUUUGAAUUGAAGCGAUGUUUAAAUAAUAAUGGUUUUUCCUUCCUCUCUCAAACUUUUUGAAACAAAAUAUAGAUUUCAAAUUUGUUCAAGAACCUACUAAAAUUAAUCAAUUCAAGAGUUUUUUUAUAAUUGAAAAAUUUAACUGAUGGAAUUCUCAUGAUUAUUUAAAAUUUAAAUAACAUAAAUUUCCAUAAUGAAAUGCUUUUUUAAAUCAGAAAUCUCUAUUUUUAUCCGAAAUAUUCGAAUGAUGAGGGGAAGAUUGGAUUUACUUGGCUAAAUCGACAAACUUGCUAAUAAUUCUUUCUUGGAGACCAAUCGUCAGCUGGAUAGACGUAGAAGUAAUCUUGAAGAUGAUUAGUUUCUAAUUACCUCAUAAAUUAUCAGUUUAAGUUAGUUUAACAGUAAAAUUUCUCUUGCUCUUUUUACAGUUAUGAUUUACAAAUUAUUAAUAGUAUCGAGUACAUUUUCUCUCCCUAACAUUUUACAUUCUUAGACAAUUUUCAUAUCAAAGCAUAUAAUAUGCAUAAAGUUUUGCGCACAGAAAGAGUUGUGCAAAAAGGUUAGUUCCAAGCAACAUAAAGUUGAUUGAUUUUUAAAUUUCUUUCGUUUAAAGUCUUUACAAAGUUUACAUUUUUUACAAUGUCUCUCUAUGUGUAUUUACCUAUCUGUGCGUCUUCGCAAGGAAACACCAAGAAUUAUGAGCAACAUGUCAAUAUAACCAAUCGGAGAUGCAGUCUUCCUUGGAAUACCCGAACAAUUAUCCAAAUAUUUACAGUCUUAAGUUGCAAGAGUUAUUCACGUGGAAAUAACUUGCCGCGUUUCUUCGGCGCGGCUGCGGCUGCCAUUGCGAGAACAAAGAAAAAAAAAGAGAGA